AUGUUUGAAAUUGGGGCAUUAAAACAAGGAGCGCAUGAAAGUGCAUCCUCUUAUUUGGCAAAAAUUCUAAAGUAUGGAGAUCAAUUAGGUUAUACUCCAGCGCAAAAGAAAACACAAUUUAUGUCUGGAGUAAGAGAUGAUAUAAAGGAGGAAAUUUAUAGGAUUGGUCAGCACAGGGCUAUUAAUAAUAUUCUUGAUAGUUUAGCAGAACUUGAAUUACGUUGUGGAGUAUUAGGUCUGCCACCAUCAUAUUAUAAUUAUAUACCAGCUCCUCCUAUUAUUCCCAAUAAU